CAGGUCUGUGGGUGACAACACCGGGACAGCGACUCUAAUCGGUUGAUUCGUUGUCAUGGAGCGAUGCUCUAGUGUCAGCAGGGAUGGUUCUGCUCCUUGCUCCCCACCUCCACCAGCAUCGCCUCCUACUCCCCCUCAAGUCCUCCCUUCCCCUCGACACCCCCCUCCUGUUCCUCCCUCUUCUCCCCCGUCAGCCCUGACUCCUGCCCCCCGACAAGGAAGGCUGAGUUUUGCUGGAGCCAUGGUGGACGUCAGUAAGUGGCCUCUGUUCUGUUUGCUGAGCACUGAGGAACUGGCCACGGUCCGACAGGCCUGUGUGUUUGGGACUUCUGCUAAUGAAGCCAUCUAUAUCACACAUGCCAACGAGGUGUUUGUGUUUGGGUUGAACUGCAGUAGCUGCCUCGGCACGGGAGACAAUCUGAGCACCAUUGUGCCAAAGAAACUGGACUUCCUGAGAGGGAAGAAGGUAGUCAGCCUGAGCUACGGCAGCGGGCCACAUGUUGUAUUGGUGACUGAUGACGGGCAGAUUUUUGCUUGGGGGCACAAUGGCUACAGUCAGCUGGGGAAUGGGACGACAAACCAGGGACUGUCCCCAGUGCUGGUCACCGCUAUCCUACAGAGCAAGAAAGUGAAAGAGGUUUCUUGUGGCUCACAUCACUCCAUGGCUCUCACUCAGGAUGGAGAGGUCUAUGCAUGGGGUUAUAAUAAUUGCGGUCAGAUCGGUUCCGGCUCCACAGCCAACCAGCCUUACCCCAGGAAAGUCACCAGCUGCCUGCAGGGAAAGACCGCAGUGGGCAUCACGUGCGGACAAACCUCCUCCAUGGCACUGGUGGACAAUGGAGAGGUUUAUGGGUGGGGCUACAAUGGAAACGGACAGCUGGGUAUUGGCAACAAUGGAAACCAGCUGACGCCUUGCCGCCUUGUUGGCCUGCAGGGGCUGUGUAUUCAACAGAUCGUAUCAGGCUAUGGUCACUGCCUGGCACUAACAGACGAGGGGUUGCUGUAUGCCUGGGGAGCAAACACCUACGGUCAACUGGGAACCGGCAACAAGAGCAACAGUCUGAGCCCCGUUCAAAUCAUGGCUGACAAAGAGAGGAUUGUGGAGGUCGCAGCAUGCCAUUCAACACAUACUUCAGCAGCCAAGACCCAGAGUGGGCAGGUAUACAUGUGGGGUCAAUGUCGGGGCCAAUCCAUUGUCCUGCCGCACGUCACACACUUCAUCAACACCGAUGACGUCUUUGCCUGCUUCGCCACACCCUCCGUCAUGUGGAGGCUGAUGUCCAUGGAACAUGAUGACUUCCUGACAGUUUCCGAGGCUCUAAGGAAAGAGUUUGACAGUCCGGAAACGGCUGACCUCAAGUUCAGUGUCGACGGCAAAUGCAUCCACGUUCACAAGGCUGUGCUGAAGAUCAGGUGUGAGCAUUUCCGCUCGAUGUUUCGCUCCCAGUGGACUGAGGAUCAGCAGGACGUGAUAGAGAUUGGCCAGUUCUCUUACCCCGUCUACCGUUCCUUCCUGCAGUUUCUCUACACAGACGCUGUCGACCUUCCCCCAGAGGACGCCAUCGGCCUGCUGGAUCUCGCCACCUCUUACUGUGAAAACCGCCUGAAACGUCUGUGUCAGCAGAUCAUCAAGAGAGGGAUCACUGUCGAAAACGCCUUCACCCUGCUCUCUGCUGCCAUCCGAUACGACGCAGAGGACCUGGAAGAGUUUUGUUUCAGGUUUUGUGUAAACCAUCUGACUCAGGUGACACAGACCGGAGCCUUCUGGCAGGUUGACGGAGGAAUGCUCAAGGAGUUUAUAAGCAGGGCCAGCCGCUGCGGAGCAUUCAAAAACUGAGUGGUAAUCUUCUAUUUUUACCAUGUAUGAAUUAUAUUCUGACCAAGUGGAUGUGGUUUGCGCUCCAUGUGCACACGCUAACACAUGAGCAGCCUCAGAGAGGAUUACAUCAUUCACAUGGUGUCGGACUUGAAUUUAAGCUGCGUUAUCUGUGGAUCUGAUAUAGGCACUUUGGCCUGUUCCUGUGGAGUCACUGACAAAGGCUUUUAAGUACAAAGUGAAACAUAGCACCUUUUUCUGUCAAACUUGAAUUUUUUCCUUGUUUUCUUGGCCAGUGCUCACAAGUUCUGAAAAUGUUCCAUCACUCUCUGGAAAAGUCUGAGUGAGACCAAAGAACUUGAGUCCACAUCUCUUUUGGGGACCUGUAACUUGUGUUUUGUUAAGAGUUUAGAUGACUGACACUGGCCAGGACAGAAGUACCACUAUACUGAAACAAAUAUCUGAAUCAUGUUUACGCUCCAUUUUUCUAUCAUUUUCAUUUUGCAGUUCAGGCAAAAGU